UGAGCGGCUGGCUGGUGUCUCAGGGCAAAAAAUCCCUUAGGGAGAGGGUGUGGAAGGAAACCCUGGAGGAGGGGAAUGACCUCGCUCGGCUGACCUGGGAAGUCAACACUUGCCUAAAAAUGAUAGACAUAGAGCACGAGGCUGUCUGCAAGCUCCGCCGCUCCUUGCACUCCACCUCGCCAGCUGACAUCGACCCUAAGGUCCACAGCCUCGUGGAAAGAGCUGUAAGGAGCAUUAUGGGCGAGCUGUCCAAUGAGCCCCGUAGCAACCUGCUCAGCCCAUCCCAGGUGGUUGUGGAGGUGGUGCCCAGGCUCCUCCUGGCCCUGUGGCUUCAGCCAAAGGAAGGCCAUUCAGGGCACCCAAUCCUAAUAAGCGGGAUGGCCGUGGGCAUGGUGGCGGCCGUAGUGGAGAAGCUCUCCAGCAUGUUAAAGGCCCCUUCUCCUCAAAUCCCUUUCUCCCGCACUGCGGCUUUUGAAUCUGUCUGGUCAAUCCUCGGGAGAAUCAGUCAGUCCUUCUCAACGGAUGACCUCCAGAGCCCAUUUUAUGUCAGAUCUGUCUGUGCCUUUGUGGCUGACGAGGUACAGAGCUGCUUCCAGCCCCCUGCAGCCACCUUACCAGUCCUCCCUGUCGUCGCCGCAGCCAUCUCCACCACACCUCCAGACAUCCUAGCAGGUGAGUAGCAAUGAUAGAGAGCACUCUGACAGAUGCCUGUUGUG